AUGACCGACCGACCAAAGGAAAGACCAACGGUCCCGCGCAGGCUCAGUUGGAAGCCCUUCCACAACAAGGGCAAGGACCCAUCCGCCAGUGGCCUUGUCACACCUAAAGAGGGUGAAGAGCUCCACUCGUAUGCCGCCUCGACUUCGCGGAAUUCUGCCACCAGCCUUGCUUCUCCUACCCCCUUCACCCCCAUCGCUGGUGCACCUCUCUCCCGCGCCAGUUCCCGCGUUUCCGAAGGCUCCACUCCACCGUCCUCCCGACCGACUACUCCCCUCGCUCGCUGGUCCAGUCCCCACAUACUGACUAAAGAGCAGAUUGAACAACAGCAGGCUAACCAGAAUGCUCUUGAACGUACCUCAUCCAAGACAGACCCCAAAUCCGCCUCAUUUGCCGACGUGAACAGUGGUACUCGCGCCUCGGGCUCCUUUGGCCGCAUGUCGUUCUCCUCCAUGAUGGGUGGUCUUUCCUCCCUCUCACUCUCCCGCACCAGCACCAACGACGAUAGAGAUCGUGGGAGACGCAAGAGUAAAGAAGAAGAGAGGCAGCGCGCUCGUUCCUCGUCCACAUCACAUGCCGCAGCCGGAGACGCUCCAGCCGAGCCAACCACCUCCUUACGUUCCCGCAGUACCUCUCCCUUUCGACUCCGUCGUAACCGCACACGAGACCCCUCGCCCACCGUCGGCGCGCUCUCCCAAUCCGACGCCGAAUCCGACUCUGAACCCUCGCGCGUUCGUCCCCGGAAUGCGUACACUUCCGACGACGAGGGAGAGUCGCAGUUUGACUCGGACGAGUCGGAGGACGAUUGGAGUGAUGAUCAGUUUGACCCGGUCACUGAGCGGAACACUGAACGUAAUGCGCUCGUGGUGCCCGCCGACAUGCCUGACGCUGAUGGAUUGGAUGCUCCUGAUCCUCUUGGCGAGGGCGUCAAUGUGCUGAUUCCUCCCGAGCCAUAUUUCCCAUCGACACUCAAUCACACCAGCGGGAGGAACCCGAGGAGACGUAAGUCUGUGAGACAAGAGCCGUUGCCGCUCGCGACGUCGAGACCGGUGUUCAAGAGGGAUAGGUGCACUAUCACGGUCACGAACGGCGAUCCAGUGGGACAGCUUGCAGCAUCAAGCAGGAGGAGCAGGAAAUAUAUUAUUGGAAGUGAUAUGAGUGAUGAGAGUCGAUAUGCGGUUGAAUGGGGCAUCGGAACCGUGCUGCGCGAUGGUGACGAAUUGUUGAUCGUCACUGUUGUUGAGAACGAGGCCAAGGUCGACCCACCCGUUCCAAAUAACGCCGACCGUACAACUAAGCUGAGAUCUCAGCAAGAACGACAAGGCAUGGCGUAUAUACUGUGUCGCCAGGCUACCAGUCUCUUGCAGCGCACUAAGCUCCAUGUCACGGUGCAAUGUGAAGCAUGGCAUGCGAAGAAUGCGAGACAUAUGCUCUUGGAUAUCGUUGAUCACGUCGAUCCCGUCAUGCUCAUCGUAGGCUCUCGAGGUUUAGGCCAGAUCAAGGGUAUCCUCCUAGGUUCAACCUCUCACUACCUCAUCCAGAAAUGCUCCGUGCCCGUCAUGGUCGCUCGUCGCCGCCUGAAACGUCCUCCCCGCCGCUCCGCCCACCUCGCCAAACACCGCGCUCGCGUCUCGCUCGCAGAAGCCGCCGGCGUGGAACGUGUUACUCCCCGUGUCGACGAGGAGGUUGCGCAUAUGCGGGAUGAGAUCCAGAGGGAGGAUGAGGACGAGAGGCAGCAUGGGAAUCAUACGAUGAUGGAUGCGGAUGUGAGGGAUGGAGAGGGAGUGGAUGUGGAGGGCGAUGGGGACGAUGAUGAGGAGGGCGUGGAUGGAGAGGUUGUGGCGAAGAAGGUAGCCGGCGAGUAA